CGCGGAGAUGGCUCGCCAAAUGACGACUUCCGCCUUCCACAAAUCAAAAACCCUCGACAACAAAUACAUGCUUGGAGAUGAAAUUGGGAAGGGGGCUUAUGGAAGAGUGUACAAGGGCUUGGAUUUGGAGAAUGGAGAUUUUGUUGCAAUCAAGCAAGUCUCUCUAGAGAACAUUGCCCAAGAGGAUCUCAACACUAUUAUGCAAGAGAUCGAUUUGCUAAAGAAUUUGAAUCAUAAGAACAUUGUGAAAUAUCUUGGAUCUUUGAAGACGAAAACUCAUCUUCACAUUAUUCUUGAGUAUGUUGAGAAUGGUUCACUUGCAAAUAUUAUUAAACCAAAUAAGUUUGGACCUUUCCCAGAGUCUUUGGUGGCUGUCUAUAUAGCCCAGGUAUUGGAAGGUUUAGUAUAUUUACAUGAACAAGGUGUAAUUCAUCGAGAUAUCAAGGGGGCAAAUAUUUUGACAACAAAAGAGGGUCUCGUCAAACUUGCAGAUUUCGGGGUUGCCACAAAACUUACUGAAGCAGAUGUUAACACACAUUCUGUUGUUGGAACGCCUUACUGGAUGGCGCCUGAGGUCAUUGAAAUGUCAGGAGUUUGUGCCGCAUCUGAUAUUUGGAGUGUUGGCUGCACCGUGAUUGAACUUCUCACAUGUGUUCCACCAUAUUAUGACCUGCAGCCCAUGCCUGCCCUGUUUAGGAUUGUACAGGAUGAGCAUCCUCCAAUUCCAGAUAGUCUAUCUCCAUCCAUUACUGAUUUCCUGCGCCAGUGUUUUAAGAAGGAUGCUAGACAGAGGCCCGAUGCUAAAACUUUACUUUCACACCCCUGGAUUCAAAACUCAAGACGUGCUCUGCAGACUUCUCUACGUCAUAGUGGAACACUAAAAAAUAUUGAGGAAGAUGGACCCGGGAAUGCUGAAUUAAGUCGCGGAAAACUGCAUAAUGUGGAAACAUCUUCCACUGAGAAAGAAGGUAAGCUGGAGGCCCUUUCUUCAGGGGUCACCAAGUCGUUUGAGGAUGAUAGUUCCAAUCUGACCGAGGGAAGGUCAGAUAACCUAGAGGCAGAUGUUAUUUCAGAUCGAGAUCCAACAUAUGAAAAGUCACCUAUGCAAGUAUUAGAUAGUCAUGAGGCGUCAAUUUCUAAUUCCACGGAGAACUUUAGUCAGCAGGACGAAGUGAUAUUAAAUGAUGUCGAACCUGAUGAAUCUAACAAAAAGAAUGUUAUGUCUAGAAAAGUUGAGAAAAAGGGAAGCACUGUUUCUACUGACCAUAGUAAAUUUAGUUUUGGUCAAAAGAGCCAAGAUAGUAGCUCACAAAAGUCUUUGAAGGAAUCAAUGAACUCCGGUGGAAAUGAGCUUAGUAGAUUCAGUGACCCCCCAGGUGAUGCUAAUUUGGACGAUUUAUUUCAUCCUUUGGAGAACUUGGAGGACCGAGUAACUGAAGCCUCUACCUCUGCAUCCUCUUCACAUUUGAUCCGGGACAAUGCAAUCCCUGACAGUGGAAAAAAUGAUCUAGCUACAAAAUUAAGGGCCACAAUUGCUCAGAAACAAAUGGAGAAUGAAUCAGCACAGGCAAAUGGUGACCUACUUCGUCUAAUGAUGGGUGUUUUGAAGGAAGAUGUAAUUGAUAUUGAUACCCUGGGAUUUGAAGAUAAAUUGCCUGCAGAAAAUCUUUUUCACCUUCAGGCGGUAGAAUUUAGCAAAUUAAUACACCUGAUUCCAGGAGAGUUUUGUCUAGUUGGUCUUAUUCCUGUUGUGAUGGGCUUUGCCGUGCAUGACCGUCCUCGGGAGGUCCGCAUGGAAGCAGCAUACUUCAUACAGCAACUCUGCCAAUCAAGCUCGUUGACGUUGCAAAUGUUUAUUGCUUGUCGUGGUAUACCCAUCCUGGUGGGCUUUCUAGAGGCUGAUUAUGCAAAGUAUAGGGAAAUGGUUCAUAUGGCUAUUGAUGGCAUGUGGCAGGUUUUCAAACUUCAGAAGUCCACCUCUAGAAAUGAUUUUUGUCGUAUAGCUGCCAAGAACGGGAUAUUACUUAGACUUAUUAACACUCUUUACAGUUUGAACGAGGCAACUCGUCUAGCUGCUGUAACUUCAGGUGGGGGGUUCCCUCCUGAUGGUUUGGCUCCUCGACCAAGAUCCGAUGCUCUGGAUUCUAGCAGUCCUUCAUUUGUGCAGAUGGAUUCUUCAUUUUAUGGGAGCGACCAGCCUGAGCACCUUAGACUUAAGCAAGGAGACCAGAUAUCACAAACCAGACUACAAGAACCGUCACGGACAUCAAUAUCACUUUCGCCUGAACAAAGAUUUGUCCCUUCCGAUGUUGAUAGGCCUCAAUCAAGUACUGCUACAUUGGAGGCUUCAGGUGCUUCAAGAGUGACCGAUCAAAGAAGUGCAAAUUCAGCAAGCAGGACAUCCACGGAUAAGGCUCCAAAAUCAGCGGACAUGACAUCAAAUGGAUUCCCUACUCACACUGGUGGCCAGCAAGAGAAUGUUAGACCCCUUCUAAGUUUACUGGAUAAAGAACCUCCAUCACGCCAUUUCUCUGGUCAGCUAGAGUAUGUACGGCAUCUCACAGGGGUCGAGAAACAUGAAAACAUUUUGCCUCUUUUGCAUGCAUCUAAUGACAAGAAAACGAAUGGACUUGAUUUUUUGAUGGCUGAAUUCGCAGAGGUUUCUGGACGAGGAAGGGAAAAUUCUAAUGUGGAUUCAUUGCCUAGAGGUUCACCUAAAGCAGCUAAUAAGAAGUUAGGAUCUCUGGCAUCAAAUGGAGGAAUUGUUGCUACAUCUGGGCUUGCAUCACAGAGGGCAUCUGGUGUGCUUUCUGGUUCAGGAGUUUUAAAUGCAAGACCAGGGAGUGCUACGUCAUCUGGUCUUCUCUCGCAUAUGGUAUCACCAUGGAAUGUUGAUGUUGCUCGGGAAUAUCUGGAAAAGGUGGCAGACCUUCUAUUUGAGUUUGCUGCAGCAGACACAGCAGUAAAGUCUUAUAUGUGUAGCCAAAGUCUGCUUAGUCGUCUAUUUCAGAUGUUCAAUAAGAUAGAGCCCCCAAUUCUUUUGAAGCUAUUGAAGUGUAUAAAUCAUCUGUCAACCGAUCCACAUUGCUUAGAACAUCUUCAGCGAGCCGAUGCAAUCAAGUAUUUGAUCCCCAACCUUGAUCUUAAAGAAGGUGCCCUUGUGUCACAAAUUCAUCAUGAGGUCCUUAAUGCACUAUUCAACCUAUGUAAGAUUAACAAGAGGAGACAAGAGCAAGCGGCAGAAAAUGGGAUAAUUCCCCACUUGAUGCUUUUUGUCAUGACAGAUUCGCCUUUAAAACAGUAUGCGCUACCUCUUCUAUGUGAUAUGGCCCAUGCAUCACGAAACUCAAGGGAGCAAUUACGAGCUCAUGGGGGUCUGGAUGUGUACCUCAGCCUUCUCGAAGAUGACCUCUGGUCUGUGACUGCAUUAGAUUCUAUUGCUGUAUGCUUGGCCCACGAUAAUGAAAACAGGAAAGUAGAACAAGCUUUGCUUAGAAAGGAGGCUGUACAGAAACUGGUUAAGUUCUUCCAGUGCUGUCCUGAACAACACUUCUUGCACAUAUUAGAACCGUUCUUGAAAAUUAUCACGAAAUCGUCUCGGAUUAAUACUACUUUAGCAGUUAACGGGUUGACACCACUGCUAAUCUCUAGACUUGUUCAUCCAGAUGCAAUAGCUCGCCUGAAUUUACUUAAAUUAAUAAAGGCUGUGUACGAACAUCACCCUCGACCAAAGCAACUGAUUGUGGAAAAUGAUUUGCCUCAGAAGCUUCAGAAUUUGAUAGAGGAGAGAAGAGACGGACAGAGUUCCGGAGGACAAGUUUUGGUUAAGCAAAUGGCAACUUCACUACUAAAAGCACUUCAUAUCAACACUGUACUAUGAGAUAUAUAAAUCGCGAUGUUCCCAUCUAUUCCUGUUAUGUAUAUUUCCUUCAUAUUUGUAAAAAGCUUCAUUUUGUUCCCAAUAUUCCUUCCUUUUUGGUGUUGUUUUUUAUGUUUUCACGUUGCCCGACAUUUAGUUUUUCAUUUUCUAUUUUAAAACAAGAUGUGAAAGUAGCUGUUUGAUGGUGGCCAUUGUUUCUUGCAUUAUUGAAUCUUUUAUUUUGAAAUCUGCGUUGUUGAUCCGUGACCUUUAUUUUGUAUAUUGACGACAAUCCGGAUCAAGUUGAAU